AUGUUGCCAUUAGGUAUAAUAAGGACGGCCUUGCCGAACAUGGACCGCGAGGUGAAGGAGCAGUACCAGGUACUUAUCCAGGCCAAGGAUAUGGGAGGUCAGCUGGGAGGUCUGGCUGGGACCACUACCAUCAACAUCACCCUCAGUGACGUCAACGACAACCCACCAAGGUUUUCCAAAAGUAAGUGAGAGAGAGAGAGAGGGAGAGGGAUGGUGCUGUUCUGUGUAUGACGUUUAUUUUAAACUCUGUUAAAUAAGCAUGUUGAUAAUAUCGGUUUUAAUAUUCCUGUUUCAUUUUUUUUAUUGAAUAAUUGGUUAUACAGUACCAGUCAAAAGUUUGGACACACCUACUCAUUUAAGGGUUUUUCUUUAUUUUUUACUAUUUUCUACAUUGUAGAACAAUAGUGAAGACAUCAAAACUAUUAAAUAACACAUAUGGAAUCAUGUAGUAACCACAAAAAGACAAAUCAAACUACAUUUUACAUUUGAGAUUCUUCAAAUAGCCACCCUUUGCCUUGAUGACAGCUUUGCACACUAUUGGCAUUCUCUCAACCAGCUUCACCUGGAAUGCUUUUCCAACAGUCUUGAAGGAGUUCCCACAUAUGCUGAGCACCUGUUGGCUGCUUUUACUUCACUCUGCGGUCCGACUCAUCCUAAACAAUCUAAACUGGGUUGGCAUUGGGGGAUUGUGGAGGCCAGGUCAUCUGAUGCAGCACUCCAUCACUCUCCUUCUUGGUAAAAUAGCCCUUACACAGCCUGGAGGUGUGUUGGGUCACUGUGAUAGUCCCACUAAGCCAAACCAAAUGGAAUGGCGUGUCGCUGCAAAAUGCUGUGGCAGCCAUGCUGGUUAAGUGUGCCAUGGAUUCUAAAUAAAUCACAGACAGUGUCACCAGCAAAGCACCCCCACACCAUAACACCUCCUCCUCCAUUCUUUACGGUGAGAAAUACACAUGCGGAGAUCAUCCGUUCACCCACACCGCGUCUCACAAAGACACAGCGGUUGGAAACAAACAUUUCCAAAGAACACAUUUCCACCGGUCUAAUGUCCAUUGCUCAUGUUUCUUGACCCAAGCAGGUCUCUUCUUCUUAUUGGUGUCUUUUAGUAGUGGUUUCUUUGCAGACAUUCAACCAUAAAGGCCUGAUUCACACAGUCCCCUCUAAACAGUUGAUGUUGAGAUGUGUCUGUGACUUGAACUCUGUGAAGCAUUUAUUUGGGCAGCAAUUUCUGAGGCUGGUAACUCUAAUGAACUUAUCCUCCGCAGCAGAGGUAACUCUGGGUCUUCCAUUCCUGUGGCGGUCCUCAUGGGAGCCAGUUUCAUCAUAGCGCUUGAUGGCUUUUGCCAUCAAAGUUCUUGAAAUGUUCCGUAUUGACUGACCUUCAUGUCUUAAACUAAUGAUGGACUGUCGUUUCUCUUUGCAUAUUUGAGCUGUUCUUGCCAUAAUAUGGAUAUGGUCUUUUACCAAAUAGGGCUAUAUUCUGUAUACCCCCCUACCUUGUCACAACACAACUGAUUGGCUGAAACGCAUUAAGAAGGAAAGAAAUUCCACAAAUUAACUUUUGAGAAGGCACACCUGUUAAUUGAAAAUCAUUCCAAGUGACUACCUCAUGAAGCUGGUUGAGAGAAUGCCAAGAGUGUGCAAAGCUGUCAUCAAGGGUAAGGGUGUCUAUUUGAAGAAUCUCAAAUAUAAAAUAUAUUUUGAUUUCUUUAACACUUUUAUGGUAACUACAUGAUUCCACAUGUGUUAUUUCAUAGUUUAGAUGUCUUCACUAUUAUUCUACAAUAUAGAAAAUAGUACAAAUAAAGAAAAACCCUUGAAUGAGUAGGUGUGUCCAAACUUUUGACUGGUAGUGUGAUGCUGAUGCCCUCAGGGCAGAUGUCUAUGUUCUUUGCAUUUCUUACUAUAUAUUAUUUACUUGUAGCUUAGUACUUUGCCACAUUCACUUAAACAGACUUCGGUAUUUACCUUUCAUUAAUUAGUUAUUCAAUUGUUAAAGGGAGUUUCUAUGUUUUCAGUUGCAGUGUUGUUCAACUCAAAUGGGAGCUGAUGCCUGUAAUUAAAAUAGCUGGAAUUAAGUAUUUAUUUUAAGCCAACAAACAAAUCAAUUCAUUUAAAUAGUUAAUCAGUGCAAAAAGUAAGAUACAGGAGGCAGGCCAAACAUGCAUAUUGUGUCAUUGUGUAAGAUUUUGUUAUUCAUUCAUUUAUUGAUCUAUGAAAAUCAAAAGUCAGCAUAUUUGAACAACAUUGGUCAAUACAACAACUUUGAAUAUGCAUAUUUAUGAAUAUAGCCUUUAUACAUAUAUUUAAGAUCACUCUCCAAAACCCUGUAACUGAAUAUGAAAGGUUAAGGGAAUAAUGCAAACAUGCAAUUGUGACUGAGUAUGCUGCUCUGGUCUCUGGGUAUUUUUGAUAUGCCUUUUACGACAGCCUACUUAGGCAGGCAGUCACUCCACUCUGUGAAAAUACUAUGAUAUUUCCAAAAUGAUGUUACAGCACAAAGGUUCAGACCAGGGGUGAUGUCGUCGGUCUAUUCUUUAUGUCUGCUGCUCUCCCUCCCUUUCUCUUGUUGUAUUGCACAAAUAAUUACCAUGCCACCAAUGGCAAUUAACAGAUGCUGUUGCUGUGCUGCUCACUUCCAAACCAUUUAGGGACACACUGAACAAAAGACCAAUACAAUGCCAGAAGUUGAAAAUGAACUAGAGUCUAGAUCAAUCUAUUUGUUUGUUUUUGUCUGUAAGGUUUCUUUCACCUGAGAGUCCCUGAGUCCUCUCCAGUGGGUUCUGCUGUGGGAAGAAUCAAAGCUCAUGACUUGGACAUCGGGAAGAACGCUGAAGUAGAGUACAACAUCGUACCGGGGGACGGAGGCAACAUGUUUGACAUCAUCACCAAUGAACACAAUCAGGAAGGAAUCAUCAUUCUCAAAAGGGUAAGGGCCUUCAACAGUCACGUGGUGGCACUUUAAAUCAAAGGACGGGAUCAUAGUAAUGGGCUGGAAUGGAAUGAAUGGAACGGUAGCAUACACAUCAAACACAUGGUUCCCUUUCAGUGUUCCCUUCAACUUCGGUACAACAUACUAUUGGGAGUCGCACUUUCGCGACUUCGGUUGAAGGAUCUACAAUUGUGCUUGACAAGGCCUAUCUGGACGAUUGGCUAAUAGCAGCAGAGUCAAGGGAACAAGCAGUGUCGCACACAUCCAGCCUGUCGCAAGGGUGCCAGGUGUUGUCCCGCAAGGUGGUCACAAUAGACGUGUGGGGCGCGCUGUGCGAAAGUUACUCAAUUCGGUUACUAUGGACGGUGUCACAGCUUGGCAUAUCAAUUACCUGGAACUUCUGACAUCGUAAUUGGCUCUCAGGCACCUCUCACCAGAGUAUGUGAGCGGAGUGUAGCGAGGUGUUGAGCGUGCCCACUUUGACUGGAGCUUGGAGCAAGAUACCCAAAGGGUGGAGCAUCACUUCACGAGCUUAGGGCAUGCCCACCCCAGCAUGCAUUUGUAUUCUACAUGUGUGCUGCUAUAGCCCCUUGCUUUAGCUACUGUCAUGGAGUUCGCUAAAUAUUUUCAGAAAUAAACUGAUAAAAUACACAGGUGCUGAAUCAAGGUGACUUACAAAGAUGAGGACCAAGAGCAAGAGAGGGAGUGCGGUGGUGUAGUGUCCACAACUAAAUAAUCAUUGUGGAAUCUGAAAAUACACUUAUCCCACAAGCAUGAUGGUGUACUUACUACGUGGACAUGAUAAAAGAAAGAAACGAGGUGGGUAGAUAACUAAGUGUGUCAUUGUAGCAAAGUAUUUUAAAACUACAAAUCAGAUCUCUUAAACGUUUCUUUCAUUUUAGUUCUAUUAUCUGUACAAUAGGCCAUAAUUGAUUUUUUUGCCCAAUAGGCCUGGCAUAUUCCCACGUUCAAGGAGCUUUCUGUUUUGAUUGGGUUAUUUUGCCUAAAAACUUUUAGGCCUACUUGUAGAAAAAAAGAAAAAAAAAACUCUGCAUCUCUGCCCAGCCUGGUAAGACUGGCCAAAAGGGUGUUUAGCAUCCCCAGUGGCUCUGCAAGUGUGGAGAGGAUAUUCUCUGCUGCUGGUCGGUUCUCCAGGCACCAUCACAUGAGCCUGAAGCCACAGACUGGCCAAACUCGUGUUCCUAAAAAUGAAUUCUAAAAAUGAAUUCAAAGGCACUAAUAAGUCAUUUUUCGUUUAAUUUGUAUUGAAUUCUAAGUAAGUCACAGCCUAUAUCUGGAUUGUAUAGACUAUAUAAUGAUUUAAUACAACAGAAUGUUGUUGUUUUUAAUGCUGAACUCUUUAUGUCCCUGCCAGCCUAUUGUGUCGCACUCGCAAAUGCUUCAAAUAUAUUUCUUUGUAGGCUAAGCCUUGAAAUAAUUUAAAUAACAUCGCAUAAAUCAUUCAUUUUCAUUCCUUUUUAGGCUCCCUGUCUGGCUCCUGACGUAUUAAGAGUGUUUAUAUGCUGUGUAAUAUGACAUGUAGCCUAUUUGAAAUUAUGUUUGCUUCUUACAUUCACCUUUUCAUGUUUAUUCAAAUACUUUUCAUUCAAAUCCAUAUGGUUUGGUUUCAAUACUUAAAAAACAAUUGGUAGGUCCAGGUAUUCACAAAAAUAGAUGGGUGUUGGUUAAAUUGUGAUUUUAAUGAAUGGAGGGAAGUUGGAGUGGGUGUUUUUUCUCCUGUGAGCUCAAAGCGUUUUUUAGCAGAGUGGUAGGAAAGGACAUGGAGCACCAGAGCGGUGUGCAGGAUUUCCAACCGCUGAACUCCGCUCACAUGCUCUGCCCCACAUAUUUGUCGGGCGGCAUGUGCAGGUCAGUUCCGACAACAGUGGCAUACAGUACAUCAACAGGCAGCUCCCUGUUACUGUGGAGCAGUACGCAUUUGCUCUCACUUCAGGCGAAGCAUGUUCCCAGUUGCCUCAACUCAAGUGCAGAUCUGCUAUCCAGGGGGUGGGGGGCUGUUCCUCAGGAGUGGAGACUACAUCCCUUGGUGGUUGCCCAGAUAUGGGAGAGAUUCGGCAGGGCCGACGUAGAUCUUUACACGUUGCAAGAAAAUGCACAGUGUCAUCUAUUUUUCUCGAUGAGGGACCCAAGUGCCCCGUUGGGAAAGGACAUUCUGGCGCACCAGUGGCCUCGGACCCUCUUUAAGCGUUUCCGGCAGUGGUUCUGAUUCAGCCCAUGUUGGAGAGGGUGCGGCGGGAGGGCAUAUCAUUAAUUAUUGUGACUCCCCAUUGGCCCAAGGUUCCUUGGUUUGAAGCGAUCAUUUGCCUUUUUAGGUGGGGACCCGUGGCAACUCCCAUUUCUUAAAGUUAUGAUAACAAACUUUUUACCCAGCAUGCACUAAGGCAGGUAGAUUUGUUAUUUUAUUGUUUUUAAUAUCUGUGUUUUUGCAUGUACAUUGAGUGAUUGAUUGAUUAAUCUUAUGCUACACAAAGAUAAAUAAUAUACAUUUGUCUAAACUAAUCCAAUCAUUUAGUCAUUAUGAAUGCAGGUUGAGGGUGAGUAAAUAUUCAAACUGUUGACUAUUCUAACUCUGGUUGGAUUCCAAUAGGAAUUACACAUCACUUUGCAAGCCAGCUUAUUAUGACUUGCAGGUUGCAAAAUUCUGGACACUUUCCCAGGUUUUCAAGAAAUUCCAGUGGGAAGAUUCCUGGAAAUUGGGGGGCCAGUAUGACAAAUAAAAAUAUUGAAUGCACUCACUAAAACUGUAAGUCGCUCUGGAUAAGAGUGUCUGCUAAAUGACUAAAAUGUAAAUGUUUAAGGUCAAUUGAUUUGUUUUUCAAUCAGUAUAAAAGGAAAUUCACAUAAUUCAAUCCAUCAAUAAGGUGAAAUUCUAAAUAAGACAAUUAUAUCAAUAAGUCAUCAAUCCAACUUAGGCUAAUCAAAUGGUUAUUAAAUCAAAAUAAAACUAAGAACAAAACAAAAAAGACAAAAGUAGACAAAUGCAAUCAGUAAAAAAAAGGAAUCUAGUGGAGGAGAGUGGAUGACGGUGUAUGUGUGUAUUUCUGUUGGUGGGAGGGGAAGGGGAGGGGUUUGGGUUGGCAGUUGCUGAAAGGAGGUAGCAGUUGUGGUUUGUCGAUGCUGUGUCCAGGGUUGGUGCUGGUGUUGUGGCUGGCACCGGGAAAACCUGGGUUGGUACUUGUGUUGGGGCCGGGACUGGACAUCGUGCCGUGACCGGGACUGGAGACAAGGGGUUGGUGCUGGGUCUGGUGCUGAGGACCGAGAAAACGGGAACUGGGAACUGCGGCUGCUGCAGGUGGGUCGGGAUCUGGGUCUGUAG